AUUCCCAAUAUAACCAACUUGGCUUGGUCCACUCUUUCCCUCUUUUUAUUUCUUCUUUUAACUGUCCAAAUAGUUUCCCUAUAAAGUUUCAUCGGAAUCGGAAUCGGUACCGGAACAUUCCUCCGCCGCCCCCUGAAUAUCUCCUCUGAUCCCGAUCCUCAUUUUUCCACUUCACUUCAUCCUUCUCAAUUCCCUUCUUCUUCUUCUUCUUCUUCUUCUUCUUCUUCUUCUUCUUCUUCUACUUCUUCUUCUUUCACUUCCUCAUGACAAUCGACCAUAUUCACUCCCAACCCUCCGAUCAAACACGCAGUUCCACCAGUAACGAUGAUGAUUCCGACCAUCUCCAUCCUACUCUUCCCUCUCCAGUUGUUGCCAAUGGCACGGACUACAAUAAUGCCGGAGAUGACCUCUUCGUUCCUCCCUUGAACUUUGCUGUCGUUGACACCGGCAUUUUUCGCUCUGGUUUCCCCGACUCUUCCAACUUCUCUUUCUUGCAGACAUUAGGCCUUCGGUCUAUUAUAUGUCUUUGUCCCGAGCCAUAUCCUGAGGCUAGCAUGGAUUUCCUCAACUCCAAUGGGAUCCGAUUGUUUCAAUUUGGGAUUGAAGGUUCUAAGGCUGGUUCAGACAAGGUUGAUGCAUAUGUAAACUUGAUUCUCGAGUGUAUGAGGAAUUUGGAUAUGAGCGCUGAUCAAAUGUACUAUUUGGAGCCUUUUGUGAACAUUCCAGACUACACGAUUCGUGAAGUACUUAAAGUCAUUCUUGAUGUGAGGAAUCGACCAGUUUUAAUCCAUUGCAAGCGAGGGAAGCACCGAACUGGAUGUGUUGUGGGAUGCUUUAGAAAGGUGCAGAAAUGGUGCCUAUCGUCAGUGUUUGAUGAGUAUCAGCGGUUUGCCGCUGCCAAGGCAAGAGUUUCAGAUCAGAGAUUCAUCGAACUAUUCGACAUUUCUGGGUUGAAGCUUUUGCCAUCAUCAUUUUCAUGUUCCGAAAGGUAAUUCGUCGUAUGCCUGUUUUGGUAUCGAGGAUUUUCAGUGGUCUAAUUAAUUACACACUUAGUCAUUAAUUGAUCUUUAGGCCUCAGUACUUUUCUCAUUCAAGUCAUUAACUCCCCCCUUUGUAUUUUGUAUAUUUUACUAUUCUCAAACUAUAUAAUUUAUGGUUAUAAAUCCAUCAGGGGUUCAUUAGGAUUAACCCCAAGUCCUCAAUGUAAUACAAUUUCCAAAGAAACAUGAAACUUAAUUAUGAUCAGAAUCGAAAAGAGAGAAGAUUCGGUA